AUGUCAAACUCAGGCGAUGAUCCGAAAGUGAUAAGGGUGAUUAGUUCCGACGGUAAGGAGUUUAGUGUUUCGGAGCGCACCGCGUCAAUGUCUAAGAUGUUAAGCUCCAUCAUUGAAGAGGAUUGGGAUGAUGAUGAUGUAAUUCCGAUCCCAAACGUUGACAGAAAGACUUUGGCUAUCAUCUUAACUUAUUGCGAUCGCCGUUCUCGUCCCCGCGAUGAAUCUGAUGAUGAUGAGAGUAAUAAUCAUGAUAAAUUGAUGGUUUCAUUGGAUUCUAAAUUCUUGAGCAGACUCAAUCGCGAACAGCUGAUGAAUCUCACGCUUGCUGCUAAUUAUCUAGAGGUGACUCAUCUGCUUCAAAUUCUCAUUAAGAAACAUGUUGAUAAUAUCAAGGAUUUGACUAUUGAAGGCGUUCGUCAUUAUUUUGAUAUUCAGACUGAUUUUUCUAAUGAAGAAGAAGCCAGAAUUCGUAAAGAGACCAGUUGGACAUCCUCUUAG